AUGUCUUCAUUCAAAUUCACCUCCACCUUUCCCCGCAGCCAAAACGGCCAAAAUGGUUCUUUCUGGAACCCAACCUCUCCUCUAGCUGCUCCUCAUAACCGCAGACAAAGCGAGUAUCUAUCUCGCACCAUGGCCAAUGCCCUCGGCACCGUGCCAUUGCCCAACUUCAACUUCGAUGAGAGAAAGCCACGUCGAAUCACCUCUCCAUUAUCGGAUGUGAAGCCCAUUGGACAUGAGAGAAUAAUCUCACGCCAAAUGGGAUAUUCACAGUUCAGCAUCUCGGAAGUUGGAGAAAAUUUACCUUCAUUUAAAGAAGAAGAAGAAAGUUGUGACAAUAGUCCUAUUGUCACUCAGUCUUUGGUUCGGGGAAUUUAUCCCAUGCAACAUGGAGCAUCUUCGAGGCAGGACGAUGAAGUCUCGGAUCUCAAUCUUGAGACUUCUAUUGCGGGAUUGAAUAUCGAUGAGAGUCCUUCUCCCUCAAAGGGAAAGAAAUCAUAUGGCACUCUACAGAGGUAUGUUCCAUAUGCUCAUGCUCGUGAUCAUACUGCAAAAACGAGCAUGCACCCAUCCAGCGUCGCGAUUGGACACCGAGAUGUCACUGCGAUCUUUCGUGGACCACAAGUGCAGAGCAGCCUGCCUGUGAGUGGUGUUGCACCAUACGCACCACCUAAUAACAUCCAAUUACUUGGUCAUCGUGCUGUUGGGUACGAGCACAAUCGAGUUAUGACCAGUUACGGAGGCCCUGAGCAAUACAUGUCUCAGUUCAACGCACAGGUAGUUGGUGCUCCAUCGGAAACAGAUGAUGACUACAACAUUGAGAGCCGGAGACCACAGCUUGGUCUUGAACAGCAGGAAGGCAAUAGGUUUUCCGGUGUCCCGAGUGAUCAUUUUCGAAAUGCUUAUCCAGGUGGUUCACCAACUCAAGCAAGAUCAAUGGCUAGUCGUCCCAUUGCCGCCUUGACAUUUGACCAGACAUCAACCGACAGAUCUGGCACAUCAUCACUUCAACCCAGACUUCCACCAACCGGCCAACUCUUUCGAGUGCAAGGACUCCUUGCAAAACUCCCCAUCAACGCCUCAACUGCUGCACAAUACUCCAUAGACAACGAAGACCGCGAAUUUGCCAGUGGAUUCGGCGGCGAGGCGAACCUCCCUAACGAGCUCAACUGCGCCGUCUGGAUCAAGGGAAUCGCCAAAGAGUUCGCUCGGCAAUUCCUAUAUCAGGAAUUGUUCAAUGCCGUAUCAACCGGCCCCAUCGUCGCGGCCUACAUCCACCUCGGAGGAGAUCAACACCCUAGCCACGCCGCCAAGGUGGUGUUUAAACACCCUGAACACGCAGCUCGCUUAGUUCAGAGAGCUUCUUACCAGGGCAUUUAUAUUAAUGGACAUCGGAUUCGUGUCGAGCCAAAUCGAAAUGGUCACCGUGAAUUUCCAUUCAGAUUCCACUACCGGAGUCGUGUGGUCCUCAUUGAAGUCUUCAACAAUCCCAGCAUGGAUCUUCCGUUCUGGAAGAUGUUCAUCUCAAAUCUCUGUGUGUUGGACAUCGAAAGCUGUAGACAUCUCGCCUACAGUACUCCAAAACACAUGGUGAUGGAGUUCAGAUUUGCGCGGAUCUUUGGGCAGGCGGCGGUUUUACUUGCGGGUAUCAGGAGUACCGCGUCGUUUGAGGGCAUGGUUACAGCAAGUUAUGUUCCAGAUGUGCCUUGUGACAUCUGUGAUGUGAAUUGA